CUCCUUUAUAAAUCAUGAAGCGAUGACGGAAGAAACAAACAACCUUCAACCGAGGGUUUUACAGGGUUUAACAGAAGCAAAUACUCCAGCACCAUACUAGGUUCUUUCCCUGAACACCACCAUGAGAAGAGUUUCAUCUUUAGCUGCUCCACAUCUCCAGGAGUACGCCAGAACUUCUUUCGCUCUCAUUUCCAAAGACUUCAUCUCCCACCUCUCUUCCCUCCCCAGCACCAGCAUCAAUACAAAUGAACCCUUAUCCCCUCAACCAUCAAAUACCCAUCUCAAAUCUUGCAAAAAUACUCAAGCUUUACUCUUCUCCAAUGUCAAAACUCAAACUUUCACCACACUUGUGGACCAAAACCCACCUCAAUUAUCCUCAAGACAGAGAAAGAUGAGAGAAAGAUCACAACUUGAAGAGGCUUUUGAGUCAGCAAAGACCAUUCAAGAAAUGCUUCAGGUCUUUCAAGAAAUGGAGACAAGCUUUGAUGAGAGGGAACUUAAUUUGCCAUGUUUGAGAAUAGGUCUCAAACUUGACCAAGAAGGUGAGGAUCCUGAAAAGGCUCUAUCUUUUGCUAAUAGAGCUUUGAAAAUCUUGGAUAGUAAUGAUAAAUUGUCUUUGCCUCUUGCCAUGACUUUGCAAUUGUUGGGUUCUGCUUGUUAUAGUUUGAAAAGAUUUAAUGACAGUUUAGGAUAUCUUAAUAGGGCUAAUAGGGUAUUGGGUCAAUUAGAAAAGGAUGGUUCUUGUAGUGCUGAGGAUAUUAGGCCUAUUCUUCAUGCUGUUCAGCUUGAAUUGUGUAAUACGAAAACGGCUAUGGGGAGGAGAGAGGAGGCCCUUGCUAAUCUUAGGAAGUCCUUGGAGCUGAAAGAGAUGACUCUGGAAAGUGAUAGUAAAGAACUUGGAAAUGCAAAUAGGGAUGUAGCCGAGGCAUAUGUCGCGAUUUUGCAUUUUAAGGAGGCUUUACCAUUUUGUUUGAAGGCUUUGGAGAUACACAAGGCACAACUUGGGCUUAAUUCUGUAGAGGUUGCACAUGAUAGGAGGCUCCUAGGAGUUAUUUAUACUGGAUUAGAAGAACAUGAGAAGGCAUUGGAACAAAAUCAAUUAUCACAAAGAGUUCUGAAAAACUGGGGUCUUGAUACUGAUUUGCUUCGUGCUGAGAUCGAUGCAGCCAAUAUGCAGAUAGCCUUAGGGAGAUAUGAUGAGGCCAUUAAUACUUUGAAGGCUGUUGUUCAGCAGACUGGAAAAGAGAGCGAGGAUAGAGCUAUGGUCUUUAUCUCAAUGGCAAAAGCAUUAUGCAACCAGGAAAAGUACAUGGAUACGGAGAAGUGCCUUGAAAUUGCAUGUGGAAUCCUUGGAAAGAAAGAAAAAGUUUCCCCUGUUGAAGUUGCUGAGGCAUACAUGGAAAUUUCUAUGCUGUAUGAGACAAUGGAUAAGUUUGAAGCUGCUAUAUCACUAUUAAAGAGAACACUCUCAAUGCUUGAAAAGCUGCCUCAGGAACAACAUUCAGUUGGAAGUGUUUCAGCGCGAGUUGGUUGGUUACUGCUCUUAACUGGUGGGGUGCAGAAUGCUAUUCCUUUCUUGGAGGAUGCAGCUGAGAGGCUGAAAGAAAGCUUUGGAUCAAAACAUUAUGCAGUUGGUUAUGUUUACAAUAAUUUGGGUGCAGCAUAUUUGGAAUUGGAUAGACCACAAUCUGCUGCACAGGUUUUUGCGUAUGCCAAGGAUAUCAUGGAUGUUUCUCUUGGUCCUCAUCACACCGAUUCAAUUGAAGCAUGCCAAAACCUUUCAAAAGCAUAUGCUGCCAUGGGGAGCUAUCACCUUGCAAUAAACUUCCAGGAGAAAGCAAUAGAGGCUUGGGAAGGCCAUGGUCCAAGUGCAGUAGAUGAACUUAAGGAAGCUCAUCGACUUCUCGAACAACUGAAGAAGAAAGCUUCUGGUAUAUCCGAUGGGUCUGUGAUGAAGGCAUUGCCUUUGGCUAAUUCUAGUGAAGCUGGCUUUAGUAGUAACUCACAAGUUGGUAUUCCAGUCAUUGAGAGGCAAAGAAGUGCAACAUAAGUUUCUACAUAAGUUUAUUAACAUGUUCUUUUCCUUUGAAGGAAUAAUUACCAUUUGUUAGUUUGAUUGUUUCCUUUUCACUGUAACCUAUUCUUAUAAGCUUCAUUAAAGAUAUUAAAGCUACAAGAUCCAUCAGUCUGCAACUUUCAUCUACCAUAAUAAGUCUUCUUUUAACAUUCA